AUGGAGCAGUGGAAGGUUACCGUGUUCCGAAUGGAAGGGGCUUUGUACAUGCUAAUACCACGUCCACCAGGUCUGACCCUCCCUCCUCUUGCUAACAACGCUAGGGCAACCACUGGUGCUCGCGCGAUUACGGCACAGGCUCUGACUCCAACGGCUACGGCCGCGGCGAUGCGUACCAUUACUCCAACAGGUGGGUUUGCAUGUAUCAUGGACUGGAUUGGAGGUGGGGAUGGUGCUAACGGGUGCAGCAACGGGUCGUAUUACUAUUCCAAUGCGGAUGGGAGUACGUAUUAUAACAACGGGCGGGGCGAGGCGUGGUAUACGCCUGCGUCGCAGAAGUGA